AUGCUUUCACUUCGUGCUAUCUCGCGCUCAGUCCCGCGCUUCUCGCGCUCAAUUGCCCGCACCUCCUUGCGCCCGGCUAUUCUCCCCAAGCCCACUAUUAUUCAGCCCUUCAAGCAGGCUAUUAAGCCUUCAUACGCUGCAUUUUCGACUGCCAGUGUCUUCAGAGAUCCUGCUACCGACAGUGAUCUUGAGCUUCUGGCUAAGCUUGGCGAGGAGGUCCAGCAUGAAAAGGCAUCCGGUUCCGAUGAUGCACGGGAACAAAAGGCUAACAUUGACUUCGCUCUGAAGGCUGGCCAGUGGGAGGUUAAGGAUAUUGAGGGUGAGCAAGAAGUCGUUCUGACCAAGAAAUUUGAAAAUGAGACACUCCGUGUCACCUUCACCGUUGCUGAUAUUAACAAUCUCUCCGAGGACGCCAUGGACGACCUCACUGACGACGCUCUGGGUGAUGAGGGCGAAUUGAGCGGCCAGUCCGCAGAGACCGAGGAAGGCUUGGCUCCCAGCUUCCCUGCUCGUCUUAACGUCACUAUUGAGAAGGCCAACAGCGGUGCUCUGCUGAUCCAAGCUGUCACCCAGGACGGCGACCUCCAGAUCGAGGAGAUCUCCCACUACAAGGACGCAGAGAUCGCCAAGGCUCACACCGCUGAGAAGGAUUGGUCUCGCCAAAGCCUCUACGCUGGUCCUCCCGCUGAGAACCUUGACCCCGAACUUCUCGCUUUCUGGGGUCGCUACCUUGAGGAGCGUGGAAUUAAUGUUGAGUUCCAGAGCAUGGUCAUCGACUUCAUCGCCUACAAAGAGCAGAAGGAGUACAUUCGCUGGUUGGAGAGCGUCCAAAAGUUCAUUGCUGCUUAA